GAUGCCAUGGCGAAAGACAUCUUCUCGAUCUAUGUUUGCACCAGAUGGGCCCCCACCAGCACCUUCACGCGGGUAAUGGAGGGCGAGAUUUCCACCGGACAGCUGCCCAAGAAGGAGCUCUCUGCUCUGUACAAGGACAGGCACUUCGUGCCCUUGCGCUGCAGCUCCAACUUCAAGGUCUUCGAGGAAGUCGGCCUGGAUCAGACGAGUUUCCAGGCCUUCGAAGCUCAGAUGGAAGCAUUGGUGUCAUGGUACAAGAGCGAGGCCAAUGGAGCUGUAGCAACUCGCUUGACAGGGCUCCAAGGCGACGGCGUUGAGGUUGAGGAUGAAGCCAAGCUCUUUGACCUCGACUACGUAAUGAACCGAACAGCAGCUUGCCCCGACACUGACGGCCCAAUGAACGUGAGUGUGCACCACGCCUCGGCGGACCUGGUGCUGUCCCACUGCCCCUCCGCGAAGUGGUGGCUCUCGAAGCUACAGAACUGGCAUCACGCUAUGCCCUUCACGAGCUUCAUGUCCCCGGACGUCAAUGCAGCCAAGUUCGCGCCCAAGGGCAAGGAGCAGAUUCUCAUGUGCUUUGGCAAGCGAGUUGCUUCACAGCUACACCGACGUGAGGGUGGAACCCACCUGCUCACGGACCAGAAUGCCAUCGGCUGCCAUGGGUUUUGGGACCUCGACACUGGGAGCCGCAUGCUGGACCGGAUUGUCAGGCUUUGGCGGCCGCCUACGUGCCAGCUAGCAAGCAUGGAGCUGACUAUGAAGCUGAAGAUUAUGGAGCUGAUCUCCAACAUGAACGAGCGCUUGUUCGACGCUCUCCCGGCCUUGCUCACAGAGGAGAUGGCCCCAGAUGAUGACUGGGAUGGGAAGGAGCUGCAUGCCUCGUCGCUCGGAAGUAGCCUUAUGCGUGGCAUGUGGGAUUCGAUCGCCAAGAGCUUCUCAGCUCUUAGUGGUCAGUACACCCGCUUGGGGCAGCUGCUUGGGAGCUCUGUGGUCAAGUGGGUGGUCUGUCCCAUCAAGAACACCGCUGGACCAGCGGAUUUGGAGAAACUCGAUGCCGCGCUGGGGACCGAAGAUGACACGGCGCGCUACUACGCCCAAAUCGCGUACAGCAAGUGGACGGGCAAGAAAGACCUCUUGCCGGGUGAAGACUGCACUCCAGGAGGCGUAUCAGGCCUGCCGCGGACAAUGGCUUGCAACCUGGCAAUCAUGCAGCAAGACAUGCCGGAGCCCUACAACAACACUGAUUUCAUCUGCCCAGUUCGGCCCUUCUUGCCAGCGAAGCAGCAGCUUGAAAUCUUCAAGAAGAAGAAGGGCCUCUGUCCCUUGCGCAUGAAUGCCUGGCAGAUGGACCAGGCUGCAUGGUACUACCGUGGCCGCCGGCCUCAGCGCCAACAGUUUGAUCUGGUGGAGAACCCGCCGGCACCGCAUUACCAGGCUGUGCAGAUCCUUGACAUGAUCAGUCGCCAGGACACGACCUUCCACACUUGGCGGACCUUCGUGACCGUUGGUCUCGGCUGCACCGAGGAGGAGGCCACCGCAACGCCACGCUGGUGCAGGGAUCCUGAGGUGCACUAUGCCCAGACCUCCAUGAACGGCAUUGUGGAUGCCGUGGGACGGAUGGGCCGUGGAACGGUGCAGAUGACAGCCCAGGCCUUGCACGCCGCCGGCGUGACCGAGGAAGCGCCAGUGGUGAACCAUGCGGUCGGGCAUCGCCUGUCUGAGUGGAUCUACCACCAGGGGAAGGGCGUACAGUUGGUCCACAGCAUUUCCUUUCAGAAGCUCUUGGACAAGACGGGAGCGGACUCGAAGAACAAGAAGAGGUAUGAUCGAUACGCUGCCGUCACACCCUGCAAGACGAUAGACGCCGAAACGGAGUUCACGUUGAAGUAUGCUACUGCGGAGAAUGCUUUGCAACUUGCGAGAAAGGCCUUUCGAAAGUAUGGCACAAGCAAUGUCGGACAGUUCCGUGGCUUUAUAGUCGAGCUGAUGGGCCUAGCCGUGCUGAAGAUGUCUGGGGUGCAGGCAGCUUGGGUGGAAUCCCACGCUCUCGUCCGCGCCACUGACCUCGGAGCAGAAACGCCUCGCCCCUGGCUCGCGACGACCUUGGAUGCUCGAACGGAUGAAGGUGUGCGGUCAUCGGACCUCACGGGCUUCCGGGCCGUCUUCACCUGCGGCGAGCGGAAGGUUUCCCAUCAGAGUGUAGUUGACAUUGGGGCCUUGAAGUUUGCGGGGUGCCUAGUGGAGGUCACCUACGUGUGGGGUAUGCGAGUCGUUGCAAGUUCCAAGAUGCGUGUGAAAGAAAUUCAUUCCUUCGAGGCGAUGCACGACCUUCCCGUGGACUUCCCCGCCUCCCACCCAUUGCUGCCAGAAGUCUUCAAGGACUGUGUGGGAAGAGGAAUAGUCCAGAACGAGAAGCUCCGCAAGCAGCACCCGGGAGCACCCUACCUCGAGUCGGAAGUGGUGGUGCGCGUGACGUUGUCCUCACUGCCCACAUGCUUCCUGCAGGUGGACGCAAGCAAGAUCUCCAACCAAAACGAGACCAAGAACCCAGUGUACCAGAGCUUCUCAAGCAUCUCCGGGUGCCAGGAAAUGCCCCAAGCUGUCAAAAGCUUGCUUCCUCGGCCCUUGUCUGAGGAGGAACAGGUUCCUCUCUACCUUUGGGUGCAGGAUGAGACAAAAGAGCGCUUCCUGGAAAUGUGUACUGAGGAGAAUGUGUCCAUCUCUGACAUGCUGACCAGGUGGGCGGCCACCAGGUCCGCAGCUCUUGCGCUUCCAGCCGCCCGCUCUCGCGCUGAGGGCGCUGACGUCGGCACCGCUUCUGGUGGCGCAAGCUUGUCUUCGACAGAUCGCCAAAAGCCGACCUCGAGGUCGGGUGCUUCAUCGACAGCCGCCCUGUAUUCUGCGGAGUUGGACGGGGAAUUCCUCCUGAAACUGGGAGAUGACGACCUGAAGCUCCUCCACCGAAAGGCGAAGAAGCACGGCCCGCUGAUUGCAACAUGGACGACCGGGGAAGCCAAGUAUAUGAGCUUGGCUAUGAACUUGGCUCUCUCCAUCAGAAAGAACGCUCCGGGCUUGGAAAGGAAUUUCCUCUGCGUGGCACUGGACCGCGCCGCCCGGCGAGCCAUGCGCCAGCGUAAGUUUCACACGCUGUCACAUCCAGUGCCCCCUGGCCCGGCUCUGAAAGAUGCCAUCUGGAAGAUGCGGUGGCUGGUGCUUCACACCUUUGCUCACCUUGGCAUUGAUGGCCUCGUGUUGGACUCUGACAUCGUCGUCCUCCAGGAUCCCUUUCCAGCCCUUUGGGGCGAUGCAGACUUCGAGGUGAUGACUGAUCACUUUUGGCCCGAGCAGCACCUGUGGCAGUACUGGACGAGACCCGAGGAGCACAUCAACACGGGCUGCAUAUUUGUGAAGGCAUCCGUCCGCACAAAGGCGUUCCUGUACGAGUUCUUGGAACAUCACAACGAGAGUGAGGUGGGAGGGCUUCAGCGACACUGGAUGGACCAGCAGGUGUUCAAUAAGUUCGUGGAGCAUCGUCUCUUCCACUCCAAUGCCGAUCUUGUCCACGGCCUCUAUGGCAAUCAGGUGUUCCGAAACAUCCGCGCCCAGCAGACCGCACAGCCCAUCCGCCUGCGCGUCCUCGACCCGAAGGUCAUCGCCCACGGGAUGAAUUUCUUCUGGCUUCGAGCACACGAGGGCCCUGGCCAGAAGCCUCCUGUCCUGGCCCACGCCAACGGCGUAGAUGGCAAGGAGUACUUUCUUCGCGAUCGCGGGCAAUGGUACAUCGACGACUUUGCCGAUCGCUUUGGGGAUCAAAGCUUCUUAAGCUAUGAGCAUCCACCCGGCAUGUCGCUGGCGCAGGACUUCCAACACCUGGUCGAGGCCCUGGUCGUCGCUGCGGCGCUGCGGAGGCGGCUAGUGCUUCCAAACACGAUGAACUGCGAGCACUGCCCUGCCCUGGAGCCCUACAAAGCCACCACGGUGUUGAGGGAUGGCAACUGUACCUUCGACUACUUCGCCUGGUCACAGAGUUUUUUAGGACAUCACGGUGACCUCGUGGCAGAAAGUGGGCUCCGGCGUGAGGCCUCGUUCCGGAGCCUGCCAGAAACUCGAUACACGAGGUCCCAGUUUGCUAAGGCUCUUGGAGGCGGGGAAGGUCGCUUCCUGAAGAUCGAGUCGUCCCGGCGACUUCACCUCCUGGACAUCCGUGCCGCCUACAAGGAAGUGAACACCGCCGGUUUCGGCCCGCAAGAGGUCUUCGAGUGCCGACACCACGACUGGCCAGUGGGCUGGAUGGCGUGUAGAGAUCAGCGCUUCGUGAGAUACCACGGACAGUUUUCAAAGUGCAAAGCGCAUGAAGCACAACCCGGCUGUGGAUACCGCGGAAUAACGUGUUGCGAUGCUUUCUGGGGCUGGGGGGAGAAACUGGAGUACUUCACAGGGAAACCCUGGGACCUACCAUGUAACUGCGGUCUAUCUGUCUGCGAGGAGAAGCCGCAGGAUCAGGGCCAGGAUGUUUCUCGGGUCUGCUGCGCGCACCGCGCGGGCGGCACUUCGCGCUGCGACCGGCGAGUUCGACCCGAGUCGGUGCCCGAAGUCAACACCCCAGAAGACAGCGAGUCGUUGACAUCCACGGCUCUUGCGGACCUGGGGAGCUCCUUCCGGAAUGUCACUGCUUUCUGGCAGACAUGCAGGCUCAACAGGCAGCUUCGCUUUUCAGACCGAACCGUGGAUGAGCUGAUCUUUGCAUGCCACCGGCUGGCGACCCGGUAUCUACUCCUCAAGCAAAACUUCGAUGCGCUGGGGCAGUGGUGCCGCUUCGCCCACCAUGAGCUGCGCCGCGGGGCAAACGGGCAGAAUCCUGGCUUGUUCCCACCCACCUGGCCCGGCGCAGCUGCAUUGCCCGUCAGGGAUGCUGAGACAGGAGCUUUGGAGGAGAUCAGACAAGAUCACUUAUGGAAAAGGCCGCAUGAUGUGGCUCAACUACAAUUCUUGGGGGAAAGCGUUCGUCAUCUCCGACAAAAGGCGCAAGAGAUGCAGAUGCUUGGUCUGGAUUCUCCUAGAGGCAGUCCGUACCCCGGGAACCGGGCCUCAUUCGUUCCAGAUUUGCGACUGGCUGACGUUUUUCGUGCUGGGGCACUGGAAUCAGUCCCAGAUUUGGCGCAUGAAGACUUCGUGGUCGUGGAUCGUGUGCUACGGCCGCAGGUCGCAGAGGAGCUGCAGACGUGGCUGGCGCAAGCCACCAUCUGGCACUCGCCAAAGGAUGGCGGGAUUCUCCAAGCCUCCCUUUUGGAUGGAUUGAACGGCGAAGGCCUCAUCGAAUUGAUCAAGGCAUUCGCAGCCUCCAAGCCAAUGCAGAGCGUGCUGCAGAAGCACCAUGGUGCCAAGCUAGUCCUGGACGACAUGUGGGCCUGGAAGUAUGACUUGGCGUGGAUAAACCCGUCAUUGCCCAUUCAAGCUGAUGGCUGGUCCGGCAGUGGGCCGGAUGUGUUGGCAGUGGUGUCCUUCAAGGAGACAGGCGCCGCAGAUGGCUGGAGAUUCGCGAGGGGCAGUGAGAAGCGCUUCAUCCCGCGCAGGCAGAACCAGCUGGUCUUGUGGACAGCAUGGAAGGGGGGCUGGUCUCUCUCCAUGGCUCGAGACAUGGAUGUCCGAUACGAGGAUCGACCUGUCGACUUAUUCUUGAGCUUUCGCAAGAGCCUUGGCCACAAGGUCUAUCCUGGCUUAACAGCGCACACAUCGACCAGGUGGCCGGCUGAGACCAAGGCUGGAUGA